GAGGCCAGAGGGCAGCGGGGCGGGCCCUGCUUCGCUGCUUCCCAGGCGUCGGCGCUGCCCGGCCGCGGCCGGCCGAGGGGUGCGGCGAUGGGGAUGUGCUUGCCCUGCAUGGGGGGAGCCGCCGACGACGUGGUGGAGACGCCCGACCCGGUAAGCGCGGGGAGUCCGUCUCCCUCCCCCUCCGAGCCCCCUUUCGCCACCCCAGAUGCAGAUCCACCCCAAACACAGAGAAGUCUCGCCAUUCAGUAGUAGCGAAACAUUUCUCCCCCUCGCUUUUCUUAGGGGGAAGCGAAGCGCCUUCCUUCCACCUGCGCGUCGCUUCUUCUAGUGAUCUCCUUUCCCCUCCCUUCCCGGGUUGGAUCAAGCGCAAAGCGUGGCCAGCAGAUCUCUUCCAACUCCUGGGGGCGCAAGCUUUAAGACCUACUUGGAAGGAAGCCCCGCCGAGGGCCAGGUCAACGGCUGGAGGAUCGCAAGCCUUAGAAGUUAGCCAGGUGACACACCCUUAAGAACUAGCAGCUUGGAAGAAAAUCCUAUCGCGCUCAAUAGGGGCAAUAGUGUCUUGUUACGUACUUUUGCCUUCACGCGUUGGUAGAGUUGAAACAAUCGUGCGCUCAAAAGGGCCACCAGGUUGCAGGCGCCACCAGUGAUCCCAGGUACAGGCACAGACGAAUAGCGGGCAGUGAGUUUGGUGGUGGUGGUUUUUAAGCCUCAAAAGGAGAACAUAACUCUGGAGUGUACAAGCCCUGCUGGAAAAAGAGCACCUACUUUGCUGUUAGUGAGAAUAAGAGAGAGAGAGAGAUUACACGUUCUGUUGGAUGCAUAGUUCAAGGAUAUUUGAAAUAUUUAUAAGUGUACGAAGUGCAGUUGUCUAAUUGCUCUGUAAAUGCUUCUGCUGGUAUGAGAACACUGGAGGGGGGGUGGGUAAUCGUAAUAGCUAACCCAAGACAUAGUAGUUGCUUAGAAGCAAACCCCACAAUCUCCAGAGGGGCUUACUCCGAUGUAAGCAUGCAUAGGAUUGCAACUUGAUUGUUUACUUAUUUUCGCAGAAGAAAUAAAUAGCAUUUUUUUAUUAAAAAAGAACCCCAGACAAUACAUUUUUUAUAACAACGUACCUUAUUUAAUAGCACACAAGCUACAGGUAAACUUGAUAGUUUGUAGAACAGUAAAAUCCAAAAAGUUUGUGUUCUGAAAUCCAUAUUUAUCACUGGCAGCUUGAUUUCCUGGGAUUGCAUCUAAACCAAUUGCCUUCUUGAUAUUACAGCAAUAUCAGUAUCUUCCCUCCAUGGUAUCAAAUUGAGGUUUUAAUCCUACUUUUACAUGAUGUGCAAUAAUACAUUUGUUUAUUUCAAACAUCUCUGUUCCACUCUAGAUUUAAAAUAACAAUGAUGAUCUGAAUUGAAACAUCAAAUACGCACUAUAAAAUACCGAAAUAAAACAUUACAGGUGAAUAUCAUACAUAAAAUACACAUUAAAGUAGUAUAAUUGACAGGUGAAUAAAACACCCUCCCCCUCAAAAAAUCUAUUUGGCUUAUGUAUUGGGCCAGGGAGGAUUCUAAGCACAUUUAGCUGAGCAUAGUUAGAAAUCCUCCCAUCAGACCUCAAUGUGGUUGGAGGCAGAGCAGCUGGGAUAGUUUGUUUGUUUUACAAGUGUAUAAACUGCUUCACAGCCUGAAACAGUGUAUGAGAUUAAAAAAAGAGAUAAAAUACAGGCUCUGAAAAUGCUAAAACCAUUUCAACACCAUGUACAAUUAAUAAUCCAUAAAUGGCUGGGUCGUACCUCGGGCAAAGCCUUCCUAAAUAAAAAUGCAUCCAGUAGCCACCUAAACAUCAAUAUGCUUGAUGCCUAUCUAAAUUUCAGCUGGUAAUUGAUUCCACAGGGCUGAAUGCUCAGGGUCUGGUUUCCAGUAAAGUGGUACCUCAGGUUACAAACACCUCGGGUUACAAACACUUCGAGUUACAGACUCUGCUAACCCGGAAAUAGUACCUCGGGUUGAGAACUUUACCUCAGGAUGAGAACAGAAAUCAUGCGGCGGCAGUGGGAGGCCCCAUUAGCUAAAGUGGUACCUCAGGUUAAGAAUGGUUUCAGGUUAAGAACAGACCUCUGGAAUGAAUUAAGUUUGUAACCCGCGGUACCACUGCAUAAGCUAAGCACACCUCUGGGGCAUUCAGUAUUCUCAGCAGUGCCUCAUCUGAGGAGCACAGUUACCAGGCAGUGGCGGUGAGUGGUCCCUUGGAUAACUUAUUGGUCCCAAGUGGCUGAGGGCUUUAAAUGUUAAAAGCAAAACCUUGAAUGGUGCCCAGUAGCAUAGAGACAGCCAGUGCAGUUCUUUCAGCAGAGGCAUGUACACGAUGUUGACAGGAUACCCUAAUCAGCAACUUAAGUGCUACGUUCUGCCUGUUUAUGGCCAAGGGAAAUGGCCACAUGGAGCCUGGUCCACCGUGUGCAGUACUUGUGAUAUGCUAUGCUAUGUGGUUGACUGAGGGGUGGGGUAUCAAAGGUACUCCCCCUCCCAUUGUUUUCCCAGGAAUCCUGACCAUGGUCUUGAGCAGUGGGAGUUGAAUUGCUAGAAAGGGUUCAAUUUUUUAUAAUUUCCGAAGUGGCAGCUAUUGUAAAGUAGUGCAUAGGGUGUGACUAGGCUCGAGGAAACCUUUGUUCAAAUCCCCUGUCAGCCACAAAGUUUCCUGGGUGACCUUGAGCCAGUCUCUUGUCUCAAGGUCACCCUUUUAGUGCUGCUGUGAGGGUGAAAUGCAGGGUGUGGGGAGAUCCUUGAAAACACACUUGAGCUACCUCACUGAAAAAGGGAGGUUGAAAUGGAUAGCACCUGGAAGGCCAAAAGCUCCCCUCCCUGUGUUGAAAUCUUUCUCGUACUCACACACAUUUUGUGUCUCCAAAAUAAUGUGCUGGAAAGGAUUUACCUCCCCUUAGCUCACACCUCAGUGACGGACCCCAGGCUACUGUUCCAACCACUUCUCAUUCAGCAGCACACAGAGAUUAAAUCCGUCUUGUCUAUCUCUCUGUCUGUCUGUCUCCCGGCAUUGGUUUACUUCGAUUUCCCCUUCUCCUACCCUCAGGUCCUUCAUGUUCCAUCUUUUGCUUUGCUGCUGGACCGGACUGCUCACUUGGUCACUCACUCACUGUUGUUAGGCUGGAGCACAAACAUCCACACCCUCUCAUUCUCAUACCCCUUUACACUGCGGAACUGAAUUGGCAGGCCCUCUCUUACCCAAACAAGUGUGCAUGUAAAUGGGCUAGGAGCAAAGGAACCCGGUGUACACUGAAUCAGACCGUUGGUCCAUCUAGCCCAGUGCUGUCAAUUUUGACUGGCACAGCUCUCCAGGGUUUUAGGCAGGAGACUUGCCCAGCUCAACAUGGAGAUGAAGAUUUCAGGGUUUGAACCCGGGAUCUUCUGCAUACAAUGCAUGUACUCUGCCCCUGAGCUUCAGGAAAUGAAUACCACCUCACUGUUUGUCUUCUUCUUUCUUCCCACCACUGCAUAGUCAGAUACUGGGGUGAGUAGAACCCCAAUAUUAUUCCACCCUGAAAUGUGCCCCCCCCCGUAGCCUCACUUGGUUGCACUUUUGCCUAAUGAUGAGGCACUUGGACAUCUCAUUGUCGACUAGGAAAUUGAAAGGCUUAUAUGCAGUCGCAGGCAGAACUGGCAACUUUGGCUUGAGUUCCCAACAACUGGGAAUAAUUUACCGUGUUGCAAAGACUGAUGGGAAGUCCAAUUUCCUCCUCAGUAAAGUUGGUGUGAAAUAACUUCUUAAACCGCUCUUUUUUUAUAUGCUUUUUGCAGGAGCUGAAAAGAAGACAACUCGCAGAAGCUGCAGAAAAAAGGCAGAUGGAGGUAACCUGGUGUUUGGCACAGAGAUUGACUCAGAUACUUCCUUAUUGAGUGAAUGUGAACAAUAGAUAAAUGGUUGUUUUUUGGAAAUUGCAUCAGAGCCAUUCCUGAGCUGCACUGGAGUAUAGGCUUCACAAUUAAUAUUUUUGGAAUUAAUAUCCAGUAAUAGUUUCUAGGUAUCAUAUGCAUAGUAAAAGGCUGCAGGGAGGACACCAGUAUGUGCUUCUAGAUAUUUGGCUAUCAUAAAUAACUCUAGUCUCCCAAACUUUUCGGGCAGCAACAGGAUUGCUUUUCUGAAGAGUUUCAAGAGGAAAUGGUUGGGCAGAGCAAGGCACAGGCCUUCAUCUUCCUUGCCUCUUUUUUUCCUUUCUGCGGAAGGAUGCCUUUGGACCCAUGAAGAGCUCAGAGGAUUCUGAAUCAAGGAAUGUCCAGGGAUUCUAUGUGGCCCAUGGAUGCCAUGCUGGGUACCCCAGUUGUCUAUGUGGACAACUGUGUUUCCCUGCGCUCUGGCACUCUGUGCGCCAGAAGCGGUUUAGUCAUGCCGGCCACAUGACCCAGAAAGCUGUCUGUGGACAAACGCCAGCUCCCUCAGCCUGAAGGGAGAUGAGUGCCACACCCCAUAGUCACCUUUGACUGGGCUUAACCGUCCAAGGGUCCUUUACCUUUACCUUACAUGAAUUUAAUAUCCACUGAAUUUGAGAUUUAUGUAAAAGAGCAGCCUUGUGCAUACCUGUAAUUCAUUUAGGAAAGAAAAAGAAUGGAAAAGGUAUUUGAUGUGAUUGUUGUAUUGAUUUUUAUAUAUUAAAAAAACCCUAGAUUGUCUUGUGAUUCUUGUAUCCCAUUGUUCCUUUCUAAAGUCUGCUUCUCGGGGUAUAAAGAACCCAUCUUCUGUGGAGGAAAGGAAAAGGAAACAGGAGGAAAUGGAAAAACGCCUUGAAUCAGGCCCUGGACCAGGCGGCGGCGGACUGAGAGUAAUUAUGCAUAAGAUUAAACGCUGUAAUUUCUUCUUCCCCACCCCACUUUUUAAAGUAAUUACUGAGAGUGAGUUGAGUGAUUGCCUUCUUUUUGCAGACAACUGUGUCUUGUAAAGUGCUUUGUUGCUGUUGAGGCAUUUGGCACAGGGAAUCCAAAUCCCUUUGACGUUUUGCUUCACGCGUAGCAAUUUUAUUGAACAACUGAAAACUAUUUUUCAGAAUAGGAGUGCGAUGGAGCCUUACGACAUUGAAAAGCGAAAACAUUAAAUUGAGUAAAUAAUUUUAAAAAUAUUUUAAAUUUAAAGAAUUUAUAAACCAUCCACUCUUUGAUAAUGUCAUGAGGUGUACAAAGAAAGAAAGUUAAAAAUGAAUAUAUUAAAUCCAUCUGUAAAACCAGCAGGGAUAAUAUCCAGCAGUGCUACAAAACUGGUUGAAUUGUAAGUUUCUUAAGCAGGCACCAGAAAGAACAAAUCGUUGUCACCAUGCUCAUUUCCAGAGGGCGUGUAUUCCAGAAUCUGGGUGCCACCACACUUAAAGCUCUGUGGCAGGUAUUAUUUAUAUGAAAAUCCAAGGUGUGUGGCAGCCACAAGUGGCCUCACUUGAUGACCUAGGGGUUUGAGUGGAAUGCUAUGGAACAGAAUUGUAUUUCCUAGGAGUAUACACAAGCAUUUGUUGUGCAUUCCUGGUGGUCCAAAAUUAUUGCUAAAGGUGUCCAAUGAAAGCCAAAUAAAAAAGAAAUAAUCAAUGCAUAAUCUAAAUGUGGCCUCUCAUGAGCAGAUGAACUGGAUUCACAAAAUGUGAGCCUAUUCCUAUGUAUAAUAAAACCCUUGAUCUUGAUAAAGAUCCCUUGAUAAAACAAGGCUGUGAAUUUAUAUCCCCUCUUCACCUUCUUAUGUUUUUUCCCCCCCAUCCUAGUGGCAAGUUGGAUAACUCCAAGGGCAGCUCCUGGAGGAAAGAAGACAUCCUACUGCCAAGACCUUGCCAGUUCUUGCAACUGAAUGGCACUUGUUCAGUGUCUGGUUUUUGCCAUUGUUUGCCUCUGAAGAUGCAGCAGGACUUUGCCACCAUAGCAGGGCAGGGGAAAGAUGUGCACUAAGGAUAUUGUCAAGUGAAAGCUUCACAAUGCACAGCAGAGGUGGCCAAAAUCAACAGUCCUCUACUAGUUCCGUUGCCAUGUUCUAGAGUUUUGCAUGUCUUAACAUAUUUGAGGGGCCUGAAGAGACACGUAUAUAAUAAAUGAAAUUUUCUUGCCUUGAUUCUUAUGGAAAUCCAUUCUGCUUUUUACAGUGUGCCCAGAUACUUAACUCUGUCCUUUUCUCCCCUUGUGUCACACUUGUAAGAUUUAAGUCACAGUCCUUAAAUCUUAACGUGAGAGUUAGUAUUUUGAGGAUAGAAGCUUUGGUGCCUUUUAAGGGUGAACUCAUAUUUAAGAGAAAUGUCACCAUGAGGUAAGAAAUUGUGUCUUAUUCUUAAAAAUGCUAACUCUGGGAGGGCAGUGGGCAAUAUUUAUGGGAUUUAUUUUGCUCUCUCUCAUAUUUCUUUCUACAGCACUGAGAGUAUGUGAUUGUGAAUCACUUAAAAUACAAUUAAACCAAAAAGGUUUUGCCUGCCUGCAGUUGUCCCUAAGUUGGUAUUGAAUGAUGCCUGCCAUGUCAACUGGGUAGACAGUACAAUGCCUUGACAUGUUCUGUGUUCUGGCUAUUUCUUUAUUUUUAAAUUAGUAUUCUGAAACAAAUAUAGGGAAUAUUCAUGCAGCCUCUUUGAGGAAAACUAAGGAAUGAAAUCAGCUUAUGGGGAGAUGGUUUCACCUUUACUUUUUGUGCUUAAAAUUAAGUUGGUGGUUUCUUGCAUGCUCCCAAAGCAUAUUUGGCUUUUUAAAAAAAAUCUCUCAGUAAAAAAUGUACAAAACAAAAUCUAAACUAUAUGCAAUCUGUGUGUGUGUGUGUGUGUGUGUGUGUGUGUGUAAAUAAAGUGCCCAAAUGAACUUCCUCUAACUUAAACGGGUUAUUUAACUUUUCCCAUCCGACAGCAUUGUUAUAGGUAGUGCUGAUUUUCAAAGAGCAGAUGAAUCCCUGCAAUAAAAUACCCCAUUAAAAUGGAAUGAAAUUAAGUUAGAAGGAAUGUGCAGUUUUAAAACCUCUCAACAUUCUGCUGAGUUAAGCUUCUACUAAAGAAAGUAUGUUUCUUGUUUUCUAGCCCACAGUAAUAUAAUGUCUGCAGCCUUUCCCCUAAAGGUCAAUCUCUGUCUUGAAUUUCAUAAGCUAUGCUGUAUUUAUAACUAAAACUGUCCAAGUGCUUUAACAAGUUAACUGAGAAUGGGGUGUUUUCCCUUUCUUUGGCACAAAAUAACACAGGUUUGGGUUGGGAGUGAUGCAUUUGGCCCAGUUCUGAGAGAAAAGUUGUGGGUUACGGCAAUUUCCCUUUCACUCAUUAGCUUUACACGGUGUAUCAUGUAGUAUCUGCCAGGAGAGAGUCCAGCAUCUGUCUUCAUAUUUGUUCACGUAAUGUGAAUGUUUUAAUAAAUAUAGUGCAGAAAGUCUGGCCACGUUGUAAAAUACCGAUACCUCAAACAUAAUUAUGGGCAUUUGUGUUGCACUCAUACUGUACUUACUGCUUUUUCCUGCUGUAAUACCAAUGGAAUAACACUUAGGACAUCUAGAUUCCCAGUAAUACAGAGCAUCCUUUAAGAGGAUGAUGCUAAGAAAAGUUAUUAUUAAAGUGCCAAUUUGGGAAUUAAGUUGACUGUGCUUCUUUUAUUACUUCUGUUGAGCUCCUAAAAAGGGGGUCCGUGUUGGAUUGAGAGCUUUCCAUUGUCAGCACUUUCUACAUUAAUUGGUGCGAAACCACUGUGUUCUUUCAGUGCAUACAGUAGGUGUGUGAGGUCUCAGCCCCUUACUGGCUGAACUUUUUAUAGUUCUCUGGCUAUUAUAGUUGCCAUACUUCAAAGGUCUGUGUACUUUUGAAUUUCAGAGCUUUGAAUAAUGUGGAUUUUGUGUUUGAGGAAAGGAGUGCGUUAUUUUAUGUGGCAAGUCAUGGUGUUGUAGAAAGGUACUGGAAUUUUAUUUGUGUUACGAGUUGUGCUGUUUGCUUAUAUUUGCCAGAAAUACUACAGAAGGAUUUAAUGCAGAAUUAUCUUUGAAACACAUUUUUAGGAGCC